AUGCUCAACGGGGGCCGAAAUUUGAGAUUUGAUCUAGGUCUUCCCAGGAGCAGCGCCACACCUCCCGUCCCGGCGGGCGGCAGCGAUGCAUGUUGCGUCCCCUCUCUCGGGGGCGCUGUAGUAUCUUUUUCUUUUAUCUCCCUUGACAAUUCGAGGCCCUCAGCUCAACUCCUUGACCAGCUUCCGGACGAGCUUCUUCUGCGCCGCCACGUCGAGCUGCCGCUCGUCCGUCUCGGUGACCGCCCGGCCGACGGCGAGCACGGUCCGCGUGCUGUCGCUGCCGACCCACAGCCUGCCGUUGCGCCCGACGGCCGUCUCGAACGAGAGGCCGGCGGCGCCGAGCUCCUCGAGCACGACGACGCCGCUCGCGCUGCUGCGGGGCAUGAGCAGCCGGCGCGCCAUGCCGGGGCUGACCGGGUAGAGGGUGUUGGCUUUCGAGGCCGGCAGCGGGCCCAGGCCGUCGGCCUUGCCUGUCGACGGGCUCACGCACUCGAGCUCGGCGUCCAUGUGCUUGUUGGCGAGGCAGACGCGCGCGUAGACGAGGGCGCCCGGCUGGAACUGCGGCCUCGUCUUCUUCGUCGCGCCCUCGAAGGCGAGCGCGGGCAGCAGCGCGUUGGGGGCGUGCGCCGCCAGCGAGACGAAGUGGAAGUCGCCCGACGAGUGGUGCACCUGGCCCAGCACGAGGUCGCCCGCCGCGGGCACGUACCGCCCGCCGCCGCCGCCGUGCUCUACCCACAGCGAGUUCCUGCGCGGGUCCGCGGCGAGCUGGCCCGCGACGGUGGGCACGAUCGAGCCGGGCGGCACGUGCCGGAGGCCGGGCCCGAGGCGCAGGGGCAGCUUCUUGUGCGUCGGGACGGAGGACGGGUCGAUGGGGUCGCCGGGGAGGACGACGGGCCUUUCUGGCUCCAUGGUUCGGAGGGCUGCCUUGGUGGUUGUGUGUUGAUGUGUUUAGCAUACCGCCCCCCGUCAACUCCCGAGAACAUCGAACAGAUGACUGCUGGUCCUGCGCCUGGCGACCGGGUCGCCAUUGGUAUUACCUUUGGUAACUCCAACAGCUCGAUCGCCUACACCGUCGACGACAAGGCCGAGGUUAUUGCCAACGAGGAUGGAGACCGCCAGAUCCCCACGAUCCUGUCAUAUGUCGGCGGCGACGAGUACUACGGCCAGCAGGCCAAGGCGUUCCUGGUCCGGAACCCCAAGAACACCGUCGCCUACUUCAAGGACUUCCUAGGCCAAGAGUUCAAGUCGAUCGACCCGACCCACUGCCACGCCUCCGCCCACCCCCAACAGAGCGACAACACCGUCGCCUUCUCCUUCCAGGACAAGGAGGGCGAGGACGUCGAGGCUUCGACCGUGCCCGUCUCCGAGGUCACCACCCGCUACCUGCGCCGCCUCGUCGGCUCCGCCUCGGACUACCUGGGCAAGAAGGUCACCUCUGCCGUCAUCUCCGUCCCCACCAACUUCUCCGACAAGCAGCGCGCCGCCCUGAUCGCCGCCGCCAACGCCGCCGACCUCGAGGUCCUGCAGCUCAUCUCCGACCCCAUCUCGUCCCUCCUGGCUUACGAUGCCCGGCCCGAGGCUGAGGUCAAGGACAAGAUCGUCGUCGUCGCCGACCUCGGCGGCACCCGCUCCGACGUGGCCGUCGUCGCCUCAAGGAGCGGCAUGUACACCGUCCUCGCCACUGCUCACGACUACGAGUUUGUCGGCGCCGCCCUCGACAAGGUCCUCAUGGACCACUUCGCCAAGGAGUUCCUCAAGAAGCACGCCGGUGUCGACCCCCGGGAGAACACCAGGGCCCUGGCCAAGCUCAAGCUCGAGGCCGAGUCUACCAAGAAGGCCCUGAGCCUGGGCAACAACGCCAGCUUCAGCGUCGAGUCGCUCGCCGAGGGUUACGACUUUGCCAGCACCAUCAACAGGUUACGGUACGAGACCAUUGCCCGCACCGUCUUUGAGGGCUUCAACCGCCUCGUCGAGUCCGUCGUCAAGAAGGCUGGCCUCGAUGUCCUCGACAUUGACGAGGUCAUCAUGGCCGGCGGUACUUCCCACACCCCGCGCAUUGCCGCCAACUUUGGCUACAUCUUCCCUCAGUCGACCGCCAUCCUGGCCCCCAGCACCGCCGCCUCCGCCAUCAACCCCUCCGAACUGCAGGCCCGCGGCGCUGCCCUGCAGGCGUCGCUUGUCCAGGAGUACGAGGCCGACGACAUCGAGCAGAGCACGCACCCGGCCGUCACGACCGUUAAGCACAUCACCAACGCCAUCGGUGUCAUUACCCUGUCCGACGUCGGCGGCGACGAGGUCUUCACCCCCAUCAUCCCCCCCGAGACGGCCGUCCCCGCCCGCCGCACCGUCCACGUCGCUGCUCCCAAGGAGGGCGGCGACGUCCUGAUCAAGGUCGUCGAGGGCGGCACCCACAUCAAGGUCACCAAGCCCGAGCCCAAGGCCGCGGCCAACGGCGACAGCAAGCAGGCCAAGGUCGAGGACGACAACGAGGACGACGACGACGAUUCCGACUUUGACGACUCGGACGACGAGGAGGAGGAGCACCGCGAGAAGGUCUGGAAGAUCGGCGGCGCGCUGGCCGAGGCCGCCAUCAAGGGCGUCAAGCCCGACGGCAAGAUCGAGGUCACGAUAAACGUCACGGCCGACCUGGGCGUCACCAUCACGGCGAGGGAAGUCGGCGCCAAGGGCGGCGUCCGGGGGACUCUGUGA